UAGCCGUGUGCGUUAGUGUUACGAUGGUUCAGAUUGCUACGAUGGAAAUGUGCUUCGAUUUAUACAAGUUUAUCAGUUUCCUGCUUAUCUCAAUUGUUCAUCUGUGCUUUCUAACGAUGCAGGGGCAAUUCGUCAUAAAUUCAUCCGAUGAAAUUUACUAUACAAUAUACGAAGCGUUGUGGUAUAACACGCAUCCAAAAACGCAAGCGUUGUACGCAUUAGCGUUACGGCGAAGUUUAACUCCACCACGUUUAACUGCCGGUGGAUUAAUUGAGUUAAACAUGGAAAGCUUUUCAGAAGUUCUGAAGCUUUGCGCAUCAUACUACACGGUAUUGAAAACAGCAUGAAGAACGUGACAUCGAGGCUGAAGUAUUUUCGAUGUAAAGGUUAUGAUCAUUCGAUUCGUUCAUCAUACGUUCUCACUGUCAGUGAGGUUGAUGUAAAGCUAGCAUAACUUCAUGAAAGUUUUUUAGCAUUCACCGAAUGUUGUACACCGGUAUUCUACACCGUAAAAAAUAG